UCCUUGGUAGAGAUCAGACGUAAGAGAAAAACAAAAAUAACAACAAAAAUGAAAGAAGCACUCUCUGUUAUGUGUCUCGUUCUUUUGGUUUCGGCUCUAGAAGCAGCAGUAACGAAACCAAAUUCUGAAAACUUCAUUGAAUGCCUUCGCUCUCGGACUGGUCCGGAGAAUCCAAUCACCGAUGCCAUCUUCACCGCCGAUAACACCACCACCUUCUUGUCUUCUUACGUGUCAUACACUAAAAACAAGAGAUUCCCAAGCCCUGUCAACAAAAAACUACUAGCCAUCGUAGUGGCGAAACAUGUAUCUCAUGUUCAGGCCACGGUGGUCUGCGCAAAGUCCAAUGGUGUCCAGAUCCGAAUCCGGAGCGGUGGUCAUGACAACGAGGGCCUUUCUUACACAUCGUCUGUGCCAUUUGUCAUUCUCGAUAUGAACAAUCUGAGGUCUAUUACUGUUGACUUGUCAAGCAAGAAAGCAUGGGUUGAAGCUGGUGCGACCUUGGGAGAGCUCUACGUAAAGAUCAAUGAGGCAAGCCAAACGCUAGCGUUCCCGGGUGGCAUUUGCGCUACGGUAGGAGCUGGAGGACACAUAAGCGGUGGAGGGUACGGAAAUAUGAUAAGAAAAUUCGGACUCACAGUGGAUCAUGUCAUUGAUGCUCAAUUAAUUGAUGCCAACGGUAAGCUCUUGAAUCGAUCUACUAUGGGAGAAGAUCUAUUUUGGGCCAUUCGCGGUGGUGGUGGUGCAAGUUUUGGAGUUAUCCUCUCUUGGAAAAUCAAGCUCGUCAAGGUUCCAAAGAUCUUGACAGUGUUUAAGGUUAACAAAACAUUGGAACAAGGAGGCACUGAUGUUCUCUACAAAUGGCAGCUUGUCGCUAACAAAUUCCCUGAUAGUCUUUUCUUGAGAGCAAUGCCUCAGGUCGUAAAUGGAACAAAACACGGCGAGAGAACCAUCGCGGUUGUAUUCUAUGCUCAGUUCUUGGGGCGGACCGAUGAGCUGAUGGAGAUAAUGAACCAGAGCUUUCCUGAAUUAGGGCUGACACGUGAAGAUUGUCAAGAAAUGAGUUGGCUUAACACGAUAUUGUUUUGGGCCAUGCAUCCAGCCGGUACACCGAAGACAGUCCUUCUAGAUAGGCCAACGGAUCCAGUAUUCUUUAAGAGUAAAUCUGAUUACGUGAAAAAGCCAAUCCCAAAAGAAGGAAUAGAGAAGAUUUGGAAGACAAUGUUGAAAUUCAACGAUAUUGUGUGGCUGCACUUCAACCCUUACGGUGGGAUGAUGGACAGGAUUCCGGCGAACGCCACAGCGUUUCCUCACCGGAAAGGAAACUUGUUCAAGGUUCAAUACUAUACGACAUGGGAGGACGCAAACGACACGGAGGCUAGCCUGAGUACGAUGAAGGAGCUUUACGAGGUUGCGGAACCGUACGUGUCAAGUAACCCGAGAGAGGCCUUCUUUAAUUACAGAGACAUCGAUAUUGGAAGCAAUCCAAGUGGGGAGACAGACGUGGAUGAGGCUAAGAUCUACGGAUACAAGUAUUUCUUGGGGAAUUUGAAGAGAUUGAUGCAAGUUAAAGCUAAGUAUGAUCCUGAGAAUUUCUUCAAGAAUGAGCAGAGUAUUCCUCCGGUUCGUGUAAUGUAGUAAUAAUGUUAACUCUUUUCAUUAAAAGUAGAAUUGGGAGGAAAAAAAGUAGAAUUAAGAGGAGAGAGGAAGUGUUACUGCUAGAAGAAAAUUUGUAGAGAAGAGUAUAAAAACAAAUAAUCCACUCUCUUAUUUCUCUAAGAAGGUCUUUAAGUCAGAUUAUAGCCUUAUGUAAUCACUAUUCUCCCAAUUGCAUUAGGAUCUCUCUGUUGUAUACUUGUAUAUAUCAUUACUCAAUAAUUUUUUUAAUGAAAUCAUAUUUCAACAAAA